UCUAUGCAAUGGAAAUAAAAUCUUGAUAUAUAAAAAUAAAAAAAAAAAUAACACAAAAAAAAUAUUAAAUUUAAAAAUUAUUAAAAAUAAAAAAAAAUUAAAAUAGUUUAAAAUUAAAUAGUAAAUAAAAUUAAAUAUUAAAUAAAAUAAAGACAAAAAAUAUAAAAAUGUGUAAAAAUAAAUACAAUAAUUUCAAAAUUAUAAUUUCUAUAUAAAUAUAAUAAAAUUAUAUAACAAAAAAUAUUUUAAUAUUCAUAUAAUAUAUAUAAAAAAAUUAAAAAAUAAAUAAAUGAAUGAUUAAAUAAAAACUUUAAAAAUUUUUAAAAGUGGCGAGAAGAAAAUCAUAACAAACCACCCAACAACAUACACACCACAUCCAAAGUAUUAAAAUAAAAAAAAAUAUUAUAUAUACUUAUAUAUAGAAUAUAAAAAAAAAAAACAAAUUCUUUUUGGUUUAUACCUAUACAUAUAACGAAUAUAACAAUAAAAAGAAGAAAAACUGUAACAAUAAAAUAGGAAAAAUAGAAAUUAAUAUACAACAAUUAUGUUUUUAGAAGAAGUUUGACGAUAUGGUUAAAAUGGAGUCAACCGAAGAGCAAGAUAGAAAAAUUGUUUUAGAAUUCUGUCAUUUGCUUGAAAAAUCUAAACAACUUUUUAAUGGUUUAAGGGAUCUGCCACAAUAUGGACAUCGACAGUGGCAAGCAUAUUUUGGUCGAACAUUUGAUGUUUAUACGAAAUUAUGGAAAUUUCAACAACAACAUCGAAUGGUAUUAGAUUCAAAAUAUGGUUUAAAAAGGUGGCAAAUUGGAGAAAUAGCUAGUAAAAUUGGUCAACUAUACUAUCAUUAUUACCUUAGAACGAGUGAAACAAAUUACCUGAAUGAAGCGUAUCAAUUUUAUGCGGCAAUUAGAGGGCGAGCUUAUUAUUCAAGAGCAAUUAAAGAAGAUCGACCCGAUUUAAUGGUUAAAAAAUUAAGAUAUUAUGCCCGAUUUAUAGUUGUUUGCUUAUUAUUAAAGAAAAUGAAAUUAGUAAGAGAAUUGGUAGCGGAAUUAGAAAAGCAAAUACAGGAGUAUACAACAACGUAUGAACCUGAAGAUCAUUUAGAAUGGUCUUUAGUAUUAGAUGAAAUUAAAGGAUUUAUUAAGGCUGAAGCAGCUGUUGCUGUACUGCAUGCCGAUUCAAAUCCAAUUGUGUUAUCACACAGUGGUUCCGGUUCCAGGUUAUCACCAUUAACAACACCACCAUGUGAAAGAUCACCUCAUAUGACAUUAAGUUUACAAGAAAUAUUAAUAGUUGGUUCAGCAUGUGAACAAGCAAAAUUUUCAGAGUUAACAAUGGAUAUGUUUAGAAUGUUACAAACAUUAGAACGUGAACCUACUGAAUCUGUACAUUCAAUUGGAUCACAUGCAACAAUGCAUGGUAUACAUGGUCAUGAUGCUAGUCCAGCAGCAAGUCGUAUGCCACCAUAUGGUGUUCCAGGUUCAAAAGGUUAUCUCGAAAAUGGUGAAAGACGACAUUAUCGUGAUAAUCCACAUAAAUAUUUAUUAUACAAGCCUUCAAUUAGUCAACUACUGGUAUUUUUAGCUAGCGGUUUUAAAGAAUUACCACCUGGUGGUGCAUUAUUAUUAUAUAUGUCAGCCGAUGGUUGUUUUUCGACAACAAAACAUCCAGAGGAUUAUGGUUAUGAAAUAGGCGGUUUAGCAACAAGCCUUAAACGUGAUGGUCUAGAUGGUGGAAUUGCAAUUAGAGGGAAAUCAUAUAAAGAGCCACACUGCCUAUAUCCUGGCGAUUUAUAUCCAUUUACUAGACGUCCAUUAUUCAUAAUUGUUGAUUCAGAUAAUUCAUUUGUUUUCCAACAUAUACCACGUUAUUUUGGUCAACCACUUGUUAUAUUAAUGUCACCGCAAGAUGUGCCACCAGCGUUUCAAGCGGAUGUUCAACAUCAUGGAUCAUUGUUUACAUUGUUCCUACAUUCACCGUUAACAGCUUUAUGUUAUAUAUGUAAUGUUGGUGAUGUACCAAUUCAUCAUUGGGAAAGAUGUCAGAGUUAUGUUGAUCGUUUUGUAACGGAAGCAUCACGUCUUGUAACAAGAUGUCGAAUCGAUGAAAUAGAACAAGGAAUCGGAUUUAUUGAUUCUGCUUAUGUUCAAUUUUUUGGUGAUGACUUCCUACGAACUCUAAUACUUAGAUAUGUUUUCUGUGAUGUUGUAUUACGAUUGCAUCGUGGUUUUCGUGGUCGACAUAUGAGACCACGUUGUGAACCACCACUGCCAGCUAAUGAAUUAAUAGAACAUCCAUCAUUAUCACAUAUUAUAUUACAAUUAGCAUUAGCAUUAGAUGUUCGAGAACAUUUUGCUGAAAUAACACAAGGCGAUUGAUGAUUGUCAUAUUAUUAUUAUUA